AUGCUCUGGAAGUUCAAAUAUAAGCCUCUCAAGGAAGGCGAAAUUCGAAUCAUCGAGCUGUUUCCUGGCUCAAGGAGGCAACCGAUAUGGUGCAGACUCUUACAUGUACUUGCCAGCGACUUUGGCGACUACGAAGCUGUUUCAUACACAUGGGGACCAGAACCGGCCGAACGUAGGAUUUGGAUUGAGGGGCAAUAUCCAUUAAUAGAAGAGGUCUUGGAGCAAGGUGCGCCUCCUGGGACUCCUCGACGGCUCUGGAUCGAUGCUAUCUGUAUCAACCAGGAAGACUUUUCAGAGCGGAAUCAACAGAUAAGGCUUAUGUGCAGCAUCUACAGCAGGUGCAAGAGGCUGCUUGUCUGGUUUGGCUCGGAAGACGAACAGAGCGGCUCGGCUUUCAGGGCUUGGGCAAAAGUCAUCCUUGACUCGCCAUUUCUCCACAUAAUCCUAGCGUCCGUUGACGGCCUGCUGGGCCGGCCGUGGUUUACACGUACAUGGGUUCUCCAGGAG